GGCAGUGCGCCUGCGCGUUGCCAGGGUCACUACCUAGAUGAAGCCAGGGAACUCGCUGGCUUCGGAGGCCGUAUUGAGUCUGCGCAGGGCACGGGUAUCGAAGGCCUAAAAGGCCUGGAAGGAACCGGAAGCGGAAGUUAAUCCGGGGACAACUCUCGCUCAGAGAGCUCCCGUUUUUGUCUCGAAGGAGUCUCGAGAUCCCGGCGCCGCCAUGGAGGAGAGCGAGUUUUCAGACCCAGAGCCCGAGGCUGCCGGAGAGGCAGAGGAAGAAACGAAGUCGGAUAAUGGAGAGAACGCACCCAUCUACUGUGUUUGCCGGAAGCCUGAUAUCAACUGCUUCAUGAUCGGCUGUGACAACUGUAAUGAGUGGUUUCAUGGUGACUGCAUCAAGAUCACAGAGAAGAUGGCAAAGGCCAUACGGGAGUGGUACUGCAUGGAUUGCCGCGAAAAGGACCCGAAGUUGGAGAUCAGAUACCGCCACAAAAAGCCGGGCCGUGAGCGUGAGGGGGAGCACGAGGGCGAAUCCAGAGAUGAUGCAAGCACCCCACGGAGGAAAGCUGGUCCCGAUCUCCUUGUAGAUCCCAUGCCAAGUGGAUCCAUGUCCAUGGGCAAGGGCUUCGGUUCUCCUCAUAAGGUUCCUCCUCCACCAGCACCUGGGCCUGUCCGGGAAGUGCAUAGUCAGAUCAAACGGUCAGCUCGGAUGUGUGGGGAGUGUGAGGCCUGCCGACGGACUGAGGAUUGUGGCCACUGUGACUUCUGCCGGGACAUGAAGAAAUUUGGGGGCCCCAACAAAAUCCGACAGAAGUGCCGCCUGCGUCAGUGCCAGCUGCGGGCCCGGGAAUCCUAUAAGUAUUUCCCUUCCUCGGUGAGUCUGGCAUCAGCCGUGAAACUUCUUCGGACACGGGAAGAACAUUUCCAGAUGUUAAAAGAGCCGCCAGAGGCUGUGGCCACGCCUGAGGCGCUCUCUGAUGACGACCUGCCUCUGGAUCCCGAGCUCUACCAGGAUUUCUGUGCUGGCGCCUUUGAUGACCAUACUUUGCCAUGGUUGAGUGACCCUGAGGAUGCCCCUUUCCUGGACCCAGCUCUUCGGAAACGUGCAGUGAAAGUAAAACAUGUCAAGCGGCGGGAGAAGAAGUCGGAGAAGAAGAAGGAAGAGAAGUAUAAACGUCAUCGGCAGAAGCAGAGGCACAAAGAUAAGUGGAAACACCCUGAACGCCCAGAUGUCAAGGACCCAGCCUCCUUGCCCCAGUGCCUGGGCCCCAGCUGUGUCCAGCCUGCCCAGCCAGGUUCCAAGUACUGCUCUGAUGACUGUGGCAUGAAGCUGGCUGCCAAUCGAAUCUAUGAAAUCCUACCCCAGAGAAUUCAGCAGUGGCAGCAGAGCCCAUGUAUUGCGGAAGAACAUGGGAAGAAGCUUCUGGAGCGGAUCCGAAGGGAGCAGCAGGGGGCUCGGAUGCGCCUGCAAGAUAUGGAACGGCGCUUUCACGAGCUGGAGGCUGUCAUCCUUAGGGCCAAGCAGCAGGUGGUACGAGAGGAUGAAGAGAGUAAUGAGGGAGACAGUGAAGACACAGACCUACAGAUCUUUUGUGUCUCCUGUGGCCACCCCAUCAACCCCAAGGUAGCGUUGAGACACAUGGAGCGUUGCUAUGCCAAGUAUGAGAGCCAGACAUCCUUCGGAUCCAUGUACCCCACCAGAAUUGAGGGGGCCACUCGACUCUUCUGUGACGUCUACAACCCACAGAGUAAGACAUAUUGCAAACGCCUGCAGGUACUAUGCCCUGAGCACUCCAGGGACCCUAAGGUGCCAGCCGAUGAAGUGUGUGGCUGCCCCUUGGUACGGGACGUGUUUGAGCUGACUGGGGACUUCUGCCGCCUGCCCAAACGACAGUGCAAUCGGCACUACUGCUGGGAGAAACUUCGGAGAGCUGAGGUGGACCUGGAGCGAGUGCGAGUGUGGUACAAGCUGGAUGAACUGUUUGAGCAGGAGCGAAAUGUUCGAAUGGCCAUGACCAACCGGGCCGGCCUGCUGGCGCUGAUGCUGCACCAGACCAUCCAGCACGACCCCCUCACCACCGACCUGCGGACCAACGCCGACCGCUGAGUCGGCCCCAUGGCCCGGAAGGGUAGAGGGGUAGUGACCGACCCUCCCUUCCUUCAGCUCUGCUGCCUUCCUCUCUUCAAGUGUUCAAUUGUGCCCCCAUGCCUUCCUUGGCCUGUGGGGCCCUGCAACUAGUGUUCUCCUUUGGUGGACCUGCCCUCCCACCAAAUCCCUGUUUGUUUGCUUCUGUCAUUUGUCUGCCCCUGUUCCACCUGCCCUGAGCCUUUGCUCUGUUCCUGCUAGCCAUCCCUUCCCGACCUCAGUAAUCCGCACUUUCUAAUGACUGAGGCCCUAGAGGGGAAUCCAGCAAGAAUUUGGGGGGAUCUGGGGCUGAGCCUCCAACGUUGUUCACAAUAAAGUUUGGGAAAAAAAAGUGGUUGGCUUCCU